AUGAGGAGGCUUGACGCUGGCUCAGCAAAGCACCCACCACACCUACAUCCGCAAAGUGACACCCUGAACACACCAGCAGCACCAGCAGCAGCAGCAGCAACAGCAGCAGCAGCAGCAGCAGCAGCAGCAGCAGCAGCACACCAGCAGCACCAGCAGCAGCAGCAGCAACAGCAGCAGCAGCAGCAGCAGCAGCAGCAGCAGCAGCAGGAGGAGGAGGAGGAGGAGUGGUGGUAG